CAGCUCCUCUGGGUGGCGCACGACAGGAGGUGGCUGUACGUUUAGUUUAUGCUGUCCUGUCAGGUCGGUGGAAACCUUAGAGGAGAGCUCCGGAGGAUCAGCUGAACGGCAGAGACAUGGAGGAGACGGGCGGUGCUACUGCGUACGGGGUUUCUUUGGCAGGUGGAGGCUUCGACUUCAACAAGUUCAUCCGGCAGCCGCAGACCAUAGUGCGGAUACUGAGCUGGAUAUUUGCCCUGGUGGUGUUUGCCUGCAUCACGACAGAGGGAUACAUCAACUCUGCCCACAGCGCCGAGGCAAAGUGCAUCUUCAACCAGAAUGACUCGGCAUGUCAUUACGCAGUUGGCAUCGGGGUGAUUGCCUUCCUGGCAUGUGUGGCCUUCCUGGUGUUGGACGCUUACGUGCCUUUUAUGAGCAAUGCGCAGGAGAGGAAGUAUGCUGUCAUGGCAGACCUGGGAUUCUCAGGGGUGUGGAGCUUCCUGUGGUUUGUGUGUUUCUGCCUGUUGGCCAGCCAGUGGGCUAAAACUCAUGAUAUCAGCGCUGUCCCACAGGACGCUGCACGAGCCACUGUCGCCUUCUCGUUCUUCUCCAUCGCCACCUGGGGAAUCCUGACUUACUUUGCGCUGAUCCGUUUCCGCCGCGGUGUUAAUGAAGUCGCCAUCCCAACCUACACGGAGCCGCCUCCAGAUCUCCACACCCCCUACCCUCCCACCUACGCCCCCACCUCCUACAACCCCACUACCUACACCCCUACCACCUACACCGCUUAUCCCAGCAGCGUGCCCGACCAGCAGCCUCCCUUCACCGCAAACCCCCAGCCACAAGGAGACACUGGCUACCAGCCGCCCAGCUACUGAGACAAAAGGAAGUCACGUGAGCCUCCUUAAUCUGAACUGUUGAGGGCAGACUGCAGCGGCUUUGUCUUUACCAAUGACAGAUUAACACCUCAGCAUGCACUGGUGAGAAUCAAACACCUGUCCCUUGAAAUACUACUGGUUUACUUUGUCUCUCUGUCAGUUUAACACCUCAGCUGCCUCGGAUCCUGUUUGGCUGUUGUUGCUAAUCUGGCGCUCAAACCUUGGCCUCAGGUCAGACUUUGGUAAUUGUUGCAGGGAUGUAAACUGAGAUCUGCAAAUGACAGUCCAGAAAUUGUUUAUAUGUAUUAAACAUGAUGCUAAUGUGGUACCACAUUGAAGACGUUUGUACAAGUGGAAUGACGUUGUUGAUUACAAUAUAAAAUACACAUGCAUAACUUACUGAAGCCAUAUAUAUGAAGAACACUUCUGUCGCAUUAUCAUUUGUGCCUGAGGAGGGAAAUGAAACUUUAAAGGGUUUUUGAGGAAGGAAAGUGAUAAGAGUGAAAAUGUGAAAAUGUGCCAAGAUCAAUAUUAUAAGUUAUAUUUAGAGGAAACAGCUGUGCAUCACAGCUGCCUGCACUGCUGUGCCUGAAUGAUUUUUUGCAAGGACUGAUUUUCAUGCUCUGCAAAAUCAGUUAAAUCUGCUUAUCCCUCUGUUAGUGCAGCUUGUAAUCACCCAACUCAUAUCACCCAACUGACAGUGAAUCUCUUGACUGUGCCUGUAAACUUACUGUGUCACAAUAUCCUAUAACAAUGGUAACAUGAGGCUUAAAUUUGACAUGCAAUGCUGAUUUAUCAACAUUUUGUAGCCCACAUUGAAUUUUUUUCAAAUUUGUCAUUUUGUUGGAUAAAUUUAUGUUUCAUCUUUGUCUUUGUUUUAGGUGUGUGGAGACUAGAAUGAUUUGUGUUUGAUUUGUGAUUCCUACAAAUGUUUUAUAAAAACUGGCACAAACACUG